AUGGGCAUCCAUUGUGUCUCUGGGUUAGAGAAACCGCCAAAUAUUGACAUCUGGGACAUAGAUGAGACGUGCAAACCCCAUCUACCAGUCCUGCAAAAAGCUUACAAUGAUGUCGCCGUUAUGGCAGCCAAAGCUCUGGAAGACAUCCAGUUUGUGCAGCAACCCCGACCUCAGUACAAUACCCGAUCGAAUAAGAGAAUGCAAUGGGAUCGCAUUGCAAGGGCUAUGAAAUGCAUGUUUGGAUUUAUGCCAGGUGAGCAGGGGACCGACAAAUAUAUGGCAAGAGUUCUCUAUGUUUACCAGACGAUGAACGAAGCUCUCCGAGGCGAUCACAACCUUCCAAAGGACGGAUUCACCAAACGUCACAACAAGGCUUUGUGGUUGUGUGACGAUAAGCUAUGGAAAUGGCAUCAUAGUGGAAUGUCCGACCCCAAUAAUCCAUCGCUUCUCCCAUUGUUCCAAUCCAGGGAGGACAUAAUGAAAGGUAAGAAAGGAGUUUGGAUCUAUCGGGACAGAUAUAUCACCAAUGAUGAUUCCCGCAGCCCUGGUAUCUGCGGCCCCGACUCCCAUGCCAAAACGCAUGUCAAAUACGACAUGAUAACAUUUUGUCCGACUUCGUUCACUGGUAAAGUUGCCAAGGCAGAAUCGCCAGUCGACGGGAAGAAUGGAGUGGUGGUGGGGAAAAACCUUGAUGAAUUCGGGCGAUAUAGUCUUUCGCGCAUAAUGUUUCAUGAGCUCGUACAUUGGUAUGGAUCCAAAGGCGUGGAAAGGCAAAAACGACUUAUUGAUCAACAGGCGGUUUCAAAAACCGGUCAACUUAUGUGGUUUCGAAAGAAUGGAGAGAGGUUCGAGAAAGAGGCUGCUCCUGAACGACCUGAUAAAUCAUGGAAUGCUCUUAAUACUUAUUAUUUCGGUUGGGUCGAAAUGCUAGCACGUAGAUAUGAUGGCGCGGUUGCCCAGAAUUCAGGACCGGGCAAGGCCACUGAGACAGCAGAAGCGUAUGCUUACUUUGCCAUGAUGGCAUACUUGGAUAAUUUCGACUGGGCUGUAGAUGGGUUGGCAAAACACAUGGAACUAUGA